AUGCCAGUCAACAGCCCGCCCGUUAUCCCAUCGGGCGAAGAAACAAUAACUGUGGAGCUGUCUAGCGACACAGUUUCUCCUCUGGCUGAGAUAGACGCAGAAUCUGACAUGACCAAGAUGUCCGAAAAGGCGAAGGCGAUGGAGAUGGAGAGUCGCGGGGAGUACGGGGCAGCCGAAAAGACCUACCAGCAGGUGGUAGAAUGGAGGAGGAAUGUGCAAGGCCCCGAGCAUGCAGACACUCUGUCAACCAUGUACCGCAUUGUACUGGUUUAUGACAUGCAACACAAGUAUCGAGAAGCCGAUGAGUUGUACCGGCAAAUUUUGGCGCUAAGGGAAACUGCCCUAGGGCCCAAUGCGAGCCCUCCUUCUCUGGGCGAGGGUCUCAUGCUUCAAUACAAGUAUGAAGCCGCCGAGAAGAUGGACAGACAGGAGAUAGCGCUGAACAGAAGGGUGUUUGGGCCAGAGUACCGGUACACAAUACUCAUCAUAGGCAACCUAGCUAACGUGCUCAGUAUCCUGGGGAAGUUUGAGGAAGCCGAGGGUUCAUAUCGACAAACAUUGGAGCUUAGUGACAGAGUACUUGGCCCUGAGCAUCCUUAUACACUCCAGAUCCUCAACAAUCUCGGCGUGUCACUUGAAAUGCAGCGCAAGAGAGCGGAUGCCAAGGAGAUAUAUCGGGAUGCACUAGAACGAAAUGUGAGGAAGCGAGGGUAUAAUCACCCUGACACAUAUCCCAGCUUGCACAACCUGAGAACUGUGCUUGACGAGGAUGAGGAUAUCUAUAUUGCGGGUCGAAAGGCGGGGAUGGUUCCACCAAGUGGCAGUGCGUUAGCCGGUAGGACAUCGACUACGGUAUCUGUUAGAAUAACACGUAAAUAA